GCUAACAGCCGUUAAAACGUCUUUGUUAUUUAAACGAGAGGAGGUGAACUGUGUCCAGACCUGUUCCACUGUUUCCUACAUGACAUUAGACACGUUUUUACGUCGACUUUAGACGUUUUUUGCCGUCUCAAUACAAAUACGUCAACUGAAGAUGAAGACAGGUUGUUCCACAUUUCCUGUAACUGUAACUGGAUUUGUCCAGAAUUUCUUAAAGUUGCAAGGUCAGGUCACUAGGAGCAAAAUGACGACAUACACAGAUAAAGGUGAAAAGCACGAGCAGGGCAGGUUCCUCUGCUUCGAUCACUUAACCUUCUGGGUUGGAAAUGCAAAACAGGCUGCUUCAUAUUACUGUAACAAGCUGGGCUUUGAGCCUCUGGCUUACAAGGGUCUGGAGACAGGAUGUCGAGACGUAGUCUCCCAUGUGGUCAAACAAGGAAAGAUCAUCUAUGUUUUCUCAUCUGCGCUCAAUCCUGGAAACAAAGAAAUGGGUGAUCAUUUAGUGAAGCAUGGAGAUGGAGUGAAGGAUAUCGCAUUUUCAGUGCAGGACUGUGACUUCCUUGUGCAGAAAGCCAGAGAGCGAGGUGCAGUGAUCAUAAAGGAGCCUCACACACUGGAGGACAAGUACGGCAAAGUCAGGCUGGCUGUGCUUCAGACUUACGGUGACACUACACACACCUUUGUGGAGAGGAUGGGAUACAGCGGCUUGUUUCUGCCAGGUUUCCAGCCUCCGCUGUUCAAGGACCCUUUAUUACCCACACUACCGAGUGGGAUGCUGGACUUCAUCGAUCACGUUGUAGGAAACCAGCCAGAUGAUGAGAUGGUUCCAGUGGUUGAAUGGUAUCAGAAAAACCUCCUCUUCCACCGCUUCUGGUCGGUGGAUGAUAAGCAACUUCAGACUGACUUCAGUGCUCUGCGCUCCAUCGUUGUGGCAAACUACGAGGAGACGGUGAAGAUGCCCAUCAACGAGCCUGCCAUGGGGAAGAGGAAGUCUCAGAUCCAGGAGUAUGUGGAGUACUAUGGAGGUCCAGGUGUGCAGCAUAUCGCCAUGAACACAUCAGACAUCAUCACUGCUAUUCGUAAUCUGAAGGAGCGUGGGAUGGAGUUCAUGAGUGUGCCAGACACUUACUACGAUCAACUGAGGAAGAACCUGAAAAACUCAAAGGUCAAAGUGUCAGAGGACUUGGACGUCCUGCAGGAGCUGAACAUCUUGGUGGACUACGACGAUAACGGCUAUUUACUUCAGAUCUUCACCAAGCCGGUUCAGGAUCGACCCACUGUGUUCUUGGAAGUCAUUCAGAGACACAACCACCAGGGAUUUGGAGCAGGAAACUUCAAGUCUCUUUUUCAAGCCAUUGAAGCGGACCAGAAUGCGAGAGGAAACCUGACUGUCAUGACGCCAAAUGGAAUUUCAAGAAACAUGUGAUGCCAGUGUUAGAAUAGCUUUACUUUUUUUGAAACCUGAAUAGCUACUGGUAUACUACCUGAAGUCUGAUUAGGGUCUUGUGUACCGUUAGAGUAUUAUACUAAUUUCAUGCUACAUCGAUGCUCUGAUAUUGUUGAAGACACAAUAAAUGGAAAUGCAAAGUGUGUUUAUCAAAACUGCUAUUCUUUAAUUCUCAGAGAGUUGCAUGUUUCUUUUUAACAAUAUAACAUUUAAAUUGAUAAGUAUGUGUUUAACAGUGCCUUACUAUAAUCUCAUUAUUUUCUGAGUUUGUAUCAAGAACCAUUCAUAAACAUUUACAAUCCAAACCUUGUUACAAACAUUGAAAAUAAAAUUCACAUUAUUAAUAUGAGCUUGAUUCAAGCUAACAAAACGUAAGCGCUCAUAAAUAGAAGCAUUUAACCUUACACUUUUGUUAACAUUUGAACUGAAACAGACUUUUUAUAAUGACUGAGAGGAUCUGUGUCAUGGUCUGAGGGUCAAUUCUUUCCUCUGCACCUGAAGUAACAACAAUACGGAUGAUUAAAACAGCUGUGAUGUGUUUAUGUGAACUCAAUUAUGCAAAUAAAUGUUGCUUUUUGCCAUUUUGUACCGAAAAAGGAGGAUUUUUUAAAUGAUGUUUGCUAGUGGCUUGUUAUAAUUCAUGUCAGACCUCUGCUGAGUAUGUUCCAGGUGUAACAUCCCAUUAUUAAAUGAUUCAUCACUGAUGACCAGCAUCACUCGCCUGCUGUCAUCAGCUUCUCCAGUCUCUUAAUACCUGCAUAAUUCUGAGUUGUAUUAAAACUCCUCAAACAUCUUCGGCAUCUCUCUGUUUUG